GAAAAGUGCGGUACGUAAAGGCGGAGGCUUGUACGCGGCCCAGGUGAACCUGGUCCUUCUGAGUCCUGGGUGAGGAACUUCUGUUGGUGUUGGGGGUCGCAGGAAUCGGAAACCAUGGAUGACUCACACAGGCUCUGAGACCUCCUGUAGAUCUGGGUUUUCCUGGAAACCUACCGUAAAGUUGAUAGGAUUGUAGAACAGACCUAUGGUAGAAUUAGAGUUUUGAAGCACAGGCUUCAAAGCACAAGCCUGUAAUCCUAGCUACUUGGGAAGUGGAAGCAAGAAAUUUGCAGAUUCAAGGCCUGCCUGGGCUAAAAGGCUAGUGGUGGUAGAGUCAACAUCGAAGUAUGCUUCGAGGUGUUCUGGGAAAGGCCUUUCGACUUGCUGGCUAUACCAUUCAGUAUGGCUGUAUAGCUCAUUGUGCUUUUGAAUAUGUUGGUGGUGUUGUAAUGUGUUCUGGACCAUCAAUGGAACCCACAAUUCAAAAUUCAGAUAUUGUCUUUGCAGAAAAUCUUAGCCGACAUUUUUACGGCAUCCAAAGAGGUGACAUUGUAAUUGCAAAAAGUCCGAGUGAUCCAAAAUCAAAUAUCUGUAAAAGAGUAAUUGGUUUGGAAGGAGACAAAAUCCUUACCACUAGUCCAUCUGAUAUCUUUAAGAGCCGUAGUUAUGUGCCAAUGGGUCAUGUGUGGUUAGAAGGUGAUAACUUACAGAAUUCUACUGAUUCCAGGUAUUACGGACCUAUACCAUAUGGACUAAUAAGAGGACGGAUCUUCUUUAAGAUUUGGCCUUUCAGUGACUUUGGAUUUCUGCGUGACAGCCCAAAUGGCCACAGAUUUUCUGAUGAUUAAUAAGUAUUUCCUUUUAACUUGAUUAUUGUCUCCUAUUCAAGUGAAUUUAUUUCUACAGUUGAAACCAUGAACUUAACAAUAAACUAUUUGCUAUUCAA